UAAAGUAAUGGCAAAAGCACUUGGACUAUAAAAGACAACAAAUCAUAUUCCUCCGGAGUAUAUACACCCCGUUGUCCACCCAAUGAGUUCCUAUUUUGUUAACUCAACUUUUCCCGUGUCUCUGCCGGGAGGACAGGACUCUCUCCUGGGUCAGAUACCGCUCUAUUCCUCGGGAUACACCGAUCCGUUAAGACACUACUCCAACGCGGCCACAUAUGGAGCGGCCAACAUGCAGGAGAAGGUUUACCCGGCGUCCUACUACCAGCAGACAGGCGCGGCGGCCGCGGCCAUCUACGGCCGGGCCGGCGGCGGAGCGCCCUGCGAUUACAACCCGGUCGGGACUUUCUACAAGGACGCGGACGGCUCGUGCGCUUUCUCGAGCCGCGAGGACCAGCCGCUGUUUGUCACUCAGGAGCACCAGCAGCGCAAGGCGGAGUGCGCGGAGCAAGCUGUCAGCAUGAGCAGCAGCCUGGACGACAAGUCGUCCACCCUCAUCUACCCGUGGAUGCAGAGGAUGAACGCCUGCUCCGCCGGCCCGUUUGGCAGCAGUGGCCGCAGGGGCCGACAGACCUACACCCGCUACCAGACCCUGGAGCUGGAGAAGGAGUUCCACUUUAACCGCUACCUGACCAGGAGGCGCCGGAUAGAGAUCUCCCACGCCCUGUGCCUGACGGAGAGACAGAUCAAAAUCUGGUUCCAGAACCGCAGGAUGAAGUGGAAAAAGGAGAACAAACUCCUGAACCCCUCAAAGAGCCCCGAGGAGGAAGAGGAGCAGGUGGAGAAGAAGAGCUAAAGAUUAAUUCAGAAAAAAAUAAAGGAAGAAAAAAAA